UCCUGUUUGAACUUUACCACUGCGAGAUGUCACAUCUUGCAAACUGACAAAACUGUACCAAGUUUAACAGAGCAACAAGCUCAUAUAUGUCGCUGGCAUCGACAAAUGCAAGUCUCUAAAAAGCCACGACUCAAGAGAUCGGCCCUUUGGCCAGUGUAAGAAUUUCAACAACAAAUAACGACUGUGGGAUGCUGGCUUCUUCGCGAGCUCAUUUGCCUUCAUGGCUUGUCGUAGUGAUGAUCCUAAUUUUUCUGCAUGUAGUCUCUUCUUUCGCAGAAGACCCAACAGAGUAUAAGCCAACAGAACCACAACCAACUGAGUAUCAUACAGAACCCCUCCCUGAAGAGGUUUCUUCUGUUGAAGAUAAAGUGAUCCCUUCCAUUAUAACCUUAGAGCCCUCUUCAGCUUCUAUUGUGGACACAAGUCUAACCUUUGCAUCUAGACCCAGUGUGAAUAGAUUAACAAGUGAUGCGAUUGGAAAUUCCAAUUCUUACUCAUCUUUAACAGCUAGGAAAAGUGCAUUUAAGUCUCCAUGGACUGAAAGAACAAGUGAGAUUGUAGUUAGUAGUAUUUACUCAACAUUUGUAGAUAGCAGUAGACAUCCCUCAACUACUCAGAUGACUUCAACUUUAGCUGGGAGUAUACAAAUGCAGCUAUCUUCAUUUGUAAAUGAAGUCCCAUUUGGAUCAGUGACAUAUGUGAAUUUGCAGUCAUCUACAGCUGGCAUAGCUCCAUCCCCUUCACAUCCAUUGCAUUCUGAAACUGUUGCAGAAGAAAUGACCAGCUUCAAGUCAAGCUUAAGUUCUGGCAUUCAUAUCCAGUCAUCAGGUGAUGGACUCGCACCAGCUACAAAGAUUCAAGAUUCAAUUUCUGUUUCAACUGAGGAAGUGCAGACUCACAGGACAAACCAACAAACAUCCACUUCCUCUUCAAGUAAAAUUAUAUCAACAAUUCGAGUGAUCGAUGUUUCUCCUACAACUUCAACAAACCAACAAACAUCCACUUCCUCUUCAAGUAAAAUUAUAUCAACAAUUCCAGUGAUUGAUGUUUCACCUACAACUUCAACAAACCAACAAACAUCCACUUCCUCUUCAAGUAAAAUUAUAUCAACAAUUCCAGUGAUCAAUGUUUCUCCUACAACUUCAACAAACCAACAAAUAUCCACUUCCUCUUCAAGUAAAAUUAUAUCAACAAUUCCAGUGAUUGAUGUUUCUCCUACAACUUCAAUACACUUAACUACACAUUUCAAUACUGACUAUAGACAUUCCACUGCGAAGAUCUUCUCAUCAAGUUUGCCAUUAUCCCAUGCUUUCCCAACACCACCCUUGUCCACUAUUGCAAUAGGUACCAGAUACAAUGGCAAUGUAACUUCAGCAUCUAAAUCCCAUGUUUUGUCCACUUAUUCUGGCCCUGACUCAGUUUCUGGAAUAAUCAGGAGAACUGCAUCUAGUCAAGAUUUCUCCGGCAAGGCGUAUAGCACUGUGCCAGUACAGAGCACAACUCUGGCAUUGACAAGCCAUACUAAUGGCGGAUUGCUGUUAUCAUCCUCUAACUUAAACGGUGUUCUUUUAUUGCCAACGUCAGCCUCGUUCAUACUCCAAUCGUCAGUAAUCUACAAGGAUUCAGUGGCUUUGUUGGCACCAUCCAUGCGCUCAAAUUGUAAGAGAGUUUCCUCAACAACAUCAGGUUCCUUUAUGGUUCUUGCAUCAAGGACUUCCACUAAUGGUACAAAAUCAUUUUUUCCCACACCUUCCAUGGUUCAUCCAACAAGCUCUUAUGUUAACAAUUCCAUCACCUACUUAGCUGCAUCAUCAGUAUGCUCAAACUGUAGUAAUUUCACAUCAUUGAUGCCAUCUACCUGGAAUAAUUCAAUGCAAACUAUCUCAGUCCAUUUACCAAUCACUUCAACCACAUCAUUGCAUCCUGUCACAUCUUUGGCAAGUACUUGGAUGUAUUCCAUGUCUGCAGAAAUUAGAAAGAGUGUAACAAGUACAAUUGUAGUUCUACCAACAACCACUGCAGCUAUUGAGAAAGCUCCCACAGCGCCACCACAAAAUGUCACUGCUAUGGCUCUGAGCUCAACAAGCAUCUACGUGACAUGGCAGCCACCUCCCCCUGGAACACUACAAGGCUUUCUCCACCAUUAUGAAGUGUUUGUCACAAAAUUGUCAGGACCACCUUACAAAAGCACUCAUAUCGCUUCAGUAGUCAUCACAACAAGAGUUACAGAAGGUAUUAGACCUUCCUCAGGGCUCAAGACUAGCAUGAUGACAUCUUAUGACAUCCCAGUGUCUUCAGUUAUUUUGAAGCCGACUGAGCCUGCACCUACACAUGAGCCUGGGCUGCCACCAGUAAAUCUGGUCUGGUCUGAGUCUUCUUACGAUGCUGGUUUGAAUCUGAAUCUUACUGUCAGCAAUUUGGAAAUCUGGACUUGGUAUGAGGUUACUGUUCAGGUUGUGACAUCUAGGCCAGGUCCACGCAGUCCAUCAGUGUUUGUGAGAACUGAUGAAGAUGUACCGUCAGCACCUCAGAACCUUUCAUCUCAUUCCUUGGACGUGUCCACGGUGGCACUGCAAUGGAACCCUCCACUCAUGCCAAAUGGAGUUCUACUCAGAUACACCGUUUCAUAUAGUGUACAAGGGUCAUCAAAUGUUAUGAAUGUCUCCAUUGGACUUGACACUCAUUACAUUCUGCGUGAUCUUGCACCAUACACCGUGUAUACCAUCCGUGUGGCCGGGGUUACAAGUAAAGGGCGUGGUCACGAGGCCUCGCUGGACUACCUUACACCGGAAGCACAGCCAUCAUCUCCACGAAACUUCACAGCCCUUGCCAUCAACUCAAGUACAAUCAGGUUAACGUGGUCUGCUCCUGAAUAUCCGAAUGGCCGCAUUAAGUACCUCUUAUAUGCAAGGAAAUACAUAAGCGAGCCACUCGAUGAGAGAUUUGUAUAUGAAGGAGUAGAGAUGGAAUAUGAUGUGUCGGGCUUACAAGCUUAUGCUCGAUAUCUGUUUCGUGUUUUAUCCUGUAACGUUAAGGACAAGAGCCUCUUGAGUGAGCCAGCUAAUGCGACUGGAACUACGUUAGCAACAGUGCCAUCGGGCCCUCCUCGAUAUUUACGAGUGAUAGCAAAGUCUUCUAUUACCAUGCUGGUCACGUGGCUGCCUCCAGAGGAGAAGGACUGGAACGGGCCAAUAGUGCACUACCAGUUGGAGUACCACGCUGAUAAUGGCCCUACCAUGACCCUCUACACGCCCGAUGGUAACACCAGCCUGCUAGUAUCUUCCUUGUCGCCACACACUGUAUACUACUUCACGGUACAAAUGGUGAACAUUAAAGGGCUUGGGCCGCCCAGCGAGGCCGUGUAUAACAGGACUUUGGAGGAUGCGCCCAGCCUACCCACUAAAGUCCAGGCCGUCACGAUUGGUCCCACUAGUGUGCGAGUCACGUGGUCCAAGCCUCUGCACCCAAAUGGAGCACUCGUCAAGUACAAGGUCUACGUCAGGCCUGCCAGGGGAAACUCGUCUGAUGCACUUGUAUAUAACGGAGAAGACACGUCUUUUCUAGUGGGAGAACUGAAGCAGAAUAGCGAGUACUGGUUCACUGUCGUGGCGUAUAACGGCAAACUGAUGCUGGAGAGUGGACCUGUUAUCGUCAAACAAAGCACGCAUCCUGCCGCACCGUCUGGCAUUCCUCGUAAUUUCACCGCCAUCAGCUUGUCACCAACAUCCAUCCAACUCAUCUGGUUGCCUCCUCUCGACGGUGAGCUGACUGGCUACAAAGUGACUUACAGCACCCCUGGCGGCGAAAAGAAGAUGUUAAACUUGGCUGUUGACAUUGUGCAGCUGUUGAUUAGCGAAUUGGAGCCAUACACUGGGUAUAACAUCACUCUUCGUGCUGUCAACAAGGUGGGCAUUGGACCAGCUGCCAUAAUCUUCUGCAAGACCUUAGAAGAUGUUCCUGGUCCAGCCAUCAUAGAGCAAGUGAGAAAUAUCAGCUCGACUAUCCUGGAAGUACGCUGGCAGCAUCCAAAGAAGACGAAUGGAAUCUUGAAAAGUUUUAAAGUCUGUUGGUCGCUAGAAGGUGGUGCUACAAGCCCGUGCAGGGAUACUGGUGGAGUAAGCCACGCCCUUAACAUCAGCCAUCUUGUGCCAUACUCUGAGUAUAACAUCUCCCUGUCUGCGAGUACCACUGUAGGAUACGGCCCCGCUGUCUCAGGGGUAUACAGGACAGAUCAGGGAGCUCCUUCAGCACCACUUAGUGUCAAAGCCUGGAAUACGAGUAGUACGUCGAUUAUGGUGCGUUGGAGUUCACCGAAUUUGUUGAAUGGAUGGUUGACGGGGUAUCGGGUCUUUUACUCCAUCAAUGUUAGCUCAUCAUCGUCGAUGUUAGACGCAGGGUUGUCUACUGAUGCGACUCUACAAGGUCUUUUUCCCUUCACCGUCUACGCGGUCUGCAUUAGGGCGUGCACCAGAAAAGGAUGUGGGCAAUGCGGCAACGCCACCGUCUCGACAGCUGAAGGGGUGCCUGGUCAAGUAUCCUCCCUCAUCGUCGGUUCUGUAGAAAAGACCUCUGUUCAUCUGCAGUGGAAGCCACCUUUCAAGCCUAACGGGGUUAUUGGAUACCACGUAGAUGUCUGGCCUACCGUCAAUGGGCAUGCGCAGCAGCUGCGGCUUUCUGUCCCACAUGGAUCUCUAAUGUUGAAAGUGUCAUCACUCAAUCCAUAUGUUAAUUACACCUUCUCUGUCGUACCGUUCAACCUUGCCAGCAAACUUGAGGGGGUUGGGAGGCUGGUGACGGCACGUACUCUUGCCGCAGCUCCAAGUGGCCCACCAACCAACAUAAAGCUCUUGUCAGCUACCCCUUCUACCCUCACAAUCCAGUGGAUCCCCCCUGACAUGCCAAACGGGCCAAUCCUGAGGUACCACGUGACAUUUUAUGAUGUUCAGACACCAGUGCAAGGGGGGACGUAUCUUGCGCCGGGGACCCUUUACACGCUGACAGGCCUGGGACCCUGGAAUGAGUAUGCUAUCCAGAUUGCGUGCGAGUCCGCUGGAGGAUUGGGACCUACUUCCGCUGCUGUGAAAUUCCGCACACAGCCUUCAGCACCACCCACUAUUGGGACAAUGAAGCCUCCUACUGAUGAUGAUGUCAGUGCUCAUGAGAUAGUCUUGGAGCUUGUGAGAGCUUCUGAUGCGAGCGGAAGGAUAAGCUAUUACCAAGUCAUAGUCUUGGAGCUGCUUACAGACCAGAACGGCCAAGCAAUCCGCCCUCCCCUACCCCCGGACCAUUACAAGCCAAGUGACUUAGUGGAUUAUAAUCAGGCCCGACAGGAGAGGCCUAAAUGCGUGCCUUAUGUGACCGCCGAGUUCAAAGCCGAAGAAUUUGACCUGCAUCGGAAGUUUACUGUCGGCCAAGAAAAUAGCACGUCUGCACGUAUACGACGGGCAAAUGGUGGGAAGAAUUAUUACAACGGACCACUAGAACCAGAGACGUUUUAUUCUGUGUUUCAACGAGCGUAUGUCAAACAGGACCUCUACACAUCUGGAGCAUGGAUCGAGCCGGUCUCAACCUCAGCUGCAAGGUUGUCCGAAGAAAAGCGUCUCAAGAGUAACAGCAAUCCUGGUCUGGUCGCUGGUCUUUCCGUCUCGUUUGCUUUACUGAUCGUCAUCCUCAUCGUUGUCAUCCUCUUCGUGUGGAAGAAACGUCGUUUCGAGUUUGGUGUUAUCGUGGAUGAUAGUGGAGACUACACCGGCCGCUCGCUCAAACUCAAGAAACUCCGCAAGCGUCGGACCUCUAGCAAGGGGCUGAUGGGCUCAACCGACUCACUUGACGCUAUCGAAGAUCUCGCUAGAACUCGGAGGAACCGGCUUCAGCCGAUUCCCGUGGAGGCGUUUGCCAUGCAUGUCCGGCGGAUGCACAUGGAUGGGGACAUCGGCUUCUCCGAAGAGUAUGAGAUGGUACAGCCGAACGACGAAACUUUCACUUGGCACCACUCCCUUCACCCCGCCAACAAGUACAAGAACAGAUACGCCAACAUCGUCGCCUAUGACCACUCGCGCGUGCUUCUCACGCCUCUAGAAGGUGUCUUAGAGUCGGACUACAUCAAUGCUAACUACAUCGACGGAUACAACAGAUCCGGUGCGUUCAUAGCCAGCCAGGGUCCGCUUCCCGAGACAUUUGACGAUUUCUGGCGCAUGGUGUGGGAGCAGGGUUCGGCUAUUAUCGUCAUGUUGACUCAGCUUGAGGAGAGGGGGAGGCGUAAGUGUGACCAGUACUGGCCUGACCGCGGGACCCGUAACUACGGCGCGCUCAGGGUGACAGCCAAUGAGACGUUCCACAUGUCAUACUACGUACUGCGCACCUUCUUGGUAUCCCACAUGCAGGAGGAGGAGGAACCGAGGCAAGUGCGUCAGUACCACUACACUUCCUGGCCAGAUCACGGAGUGCCCGCCCACCCCGCACCUCUACUCUCCAUGGUCCGGACAGUGUCCAGUGCUAACCCUCCCACAGCGGGGCCGAUGAUUGUUCAUUGCAGUGCUGGUGUUGGCCGUACCGGCACCUUUAUCACCCUCGACUCCAUGCUCCAGCGCGCGGCUCAGGAAGGCACCAUUGACGUGUUUGGGUUCGUCCGGCAGAUGAGAAACAAGAGAAACCUGAUGGUUCAGACGGAGUCUCAGUACGUGUUUAUCCAUGACGCGCUGGUGGAGGCGGUCAUCUGUGGCGUGACGGAAGUAGAUGCCAAUAAGUUGGCGUCACGCAUUCGGGAGCUUCGCGAGGUCGAUCCGAAUAUAGGAACCACCUACAUGGACCUGGAGUUCGAGCGACUAACCAGGGACGAGCGACAUCCGACACAGUUCAAGAGUGCAAUGCUGAGCUGCAAUGCCGCCAAGAACAGAUAUGCUAAUAUCUUGCCCUACGAACGGACUCGAGUAGCCUUGCACAUGCGGCCUGGCGAGGUUGGCUCAGACUACAUAAAUGCCAGCUUCAUCGACGGUAACCACCGCCUGAAGGCAUACAUAGCGACGCAAGCGCCUGUCCCCGGAACAUUUGAGGAUUUCUGGCGCAUGCUGUGGGAGCAGGAGUCCGCUGUGAUUGUGAUGCUUACACGCGAAGAAGAGGCAGGCAAGCUGAAAUGCCAUCGCUACUGGCCGUCCGACGGGUCACGCUUAUAUGACAAGAUACUGGUAGAACUGACGGAGGAGCUGACCUACUCAGACUAUGUCCUGCGACAGUUCAGCCUAACUCAUACCGAGGAGAAAUCAUCACGGAUUGUCAGACAGUUCCAGUGUACGGAUUGGCCGGACAGCGGGCUGCCGGAGUCCGGAGUGGGCCUGAUUGACUUGAUCGGACAAGUGGAGAAAUGGCAGCAGCAGAGUGGCAACACGUGCAUCACGGUGCACUGCAGCGGUGGUGUAGGUCGGACGGGCGUGUUCUGCGCCGUCAGCAUACUGAUAGAGCGGGUGAAGGCAGAAGGUCUCAUUGAUGUGUUCCAGACAGUGCAACAUCUCAGGCUACAGCGACCGGCCAUGGUCCAAACAAAGGAUCAGUACGAGUUUUGCUACACAACGAUGCAAGAGUACCUCGAGUCCUUCGACUUGUAUGCGAAUUUCCACUGACGCUAUUAAGGGACCUAUCGUCCACGCUCUUCUCUAUACAGAAGGAUGAGGCGGUCCUGAGUGACUUAUUAACGUGGUCGCUAUCAGUUAGGUAAAUUAGUUUUUUUCGUUUAUAGAAUUGGUAUUCGUUAUUAUAGAGAAAGAAUAAUGUUAUUGGAUAUUUAAAUAUGAUGUUGAAUGUCUGAUUUGUUAGAAAGCUAAGAAAAAAAUUAGCCUUUAUUUUUACAAAGAAAUGUUAUAUUUUAUAAUUCGAAAAUAGCUCAUUUUUUUCUGAUGUGAAUCUUUUAUACAUGUUGAAGAAUACACAACGUUUAUUAUCAAUUUAAAAAUGAGAUAAUUAUUGUUAGUACAA